UUAUUUCAAAAUUUGUAAUUAUUUCUGAAAGCCACCCUGCCUCCUUGUGAGUCCGUUAUCUAUCUACACCCUAGCUCUGUUUGUUUCUUUGUAGUUGCACUCAGAUUUGGGGCAUUAAUCUUGUUCAAAUCAUGAGCGAAUCUAAAGGGCCGAAUUACAUGGAUAAUAUUUGCAUUUGUGAAACCCUCAGUUUAAUAAAGCCCUCAUUCAUUUCCCUUUCAUGAAGCUUCCCUGUUCAUCCUCGUUAUUUAAAGGUGAAGAGAAAUCGUCUUUUGGCGGAUGUAAAUCAUGGAAAAUUCUGAAAACGAAGAGAAUUUGUUUGCUCUCGGUGAACCCAAGCUACAUGGAGAAAUGUGCAAGACACUUACUUACAUUUACGUCAAAGCGUUGAAUGUUUUUCCUGAAUUAGAAGCCGCUCGCCCCCGAAGCACUUCAGGGAUUCAAGCAUUAUGUUCUUUGCACAUAGCAUUAGAUAAAACAAAAACGCUUCUUCAACAUUGUGCCGAAUGUAGCAAAAUUUACUUGGCAAUAACAGGAGAUUCUGUUGUUUUAAAAUUUGAAAGGGCAAGAUCGGCGCUCGAAGAUGGUCUUAGGAGUGUUGAAAAUAUAGUUCCACAAACUAUAGGUUGUCAGAUCUCCGAUGUAUUACGCGAACUCGAAGGAAUCGAGUUUUCGCUUGAUCCAUUAGAGAAACAAAUCGGCGAUGAAAUUAUUGGUUUGCUACAACAAGGUAGAAACUUUAGCAAUAAUAGUGACAAUAAUGAACUAGAAAUAUUCCAUCAAGCUGCAUCUAAGCUCGGGAUUACAUCUUCACGCGCCGCUCUUCGUGAAAGACGGGCCCUUAAGAAACUUGCGGAAAAAGCAAGAGCCGAAGAAGACAAACGAAAAGAAUCAAUCGUCGCAUAUCUCUCACAUCUCAUGAGAAAAUACUCAAAACUAUUCCGAACCGAUUUCUCCGAUGACACUGAUUCACAAGGUUCAACCCCAUGUUCACCUACGAUACACGGUUCUUUCGAGGGUUACAGCGGGUCCGGGACCCACGCGUUCGAGCGACAACUCUCGAGACUAAGCUCUUUUAACUUCAAACCAAGUUUCAGGCAGUCCGGGCAGGUACCGAUCCCGCCCGAAGAACUAAGGUGCCCAAUAUCCUUACAACUUAUGUACGACCCUGUCGUAAUCGCAUCCGGGCAGACAUACGAGCGAAUUUGCAUUGAGAAGUGGUUCGGUGAUGGGCACAACACCUGCCCGAAAACUCAACAACUGUUGGGUCACCUCGGUGUGACCCCUAAUUACUGUGUCAAGGGUCUAGUGGCUAGCUGGUGCGAGCAUAACGGCAUCGUGGUUCCUGACGGGCCACCCGAAUCGCUAGAUUUAAACUACUGGCGGCUCUCGUUAUCAGAAACCGAAUCAGUAAAUUCAAAACCUGUGGAAAGUGGCGAAAUGUGUAAAUACAAGGGUAUGAAAGUGGCCCCUUUGCCUUUGGAAGAAAGUGAUGUAAUUGCGGAGGUUGAAGGUGAUGGUGACAUGACAGCGACGGUUGAACACGAAGGUGAUGUUUUUGAGACGUACGAUGAAUAUUUGGCGGUUUUGCGCACCGAGGAUAAUCUAAGGAAAAAGUGUAGGGUUGUUGAGAAAAUAAGAAGGUUGUUGAAAGAUGAUGAAGAGGCCCGGAUUUAUAUGGGUGCAAAUGGCUUUGUUGAAGCGUUGUUACGGUUUUUGGAGCUGGGUUUGCGUGAAGAAAGCGGGUUUGCUCAAGAAAGUGGUGCUAUGGCUCUGUUUAACCUCGCGGUUAAUAAUAAUAGGAACAAAGAAACAAUGUUAUCAGCCGGGUUACUUUCUCUCCUGAUGCAAAUGAUCCACGGGUCAAAAUCGGUCAACGCAGCGAUAGCCCUGUACUUAAACCUUUCAUGUCUAGAUCAAGCGAAACCGGUCAUAGGUUCAAGCAAUGCGGUCCCAUUCCUAAUCAAUGCCCUUCAAGACGUGUUCGAUUCCCAAUGCAAAACCGACUCACUUCACACUCUUUACCAUCUCUCAUCAUUCCAUCCCAACAUCCCAACACUCAUCGCGUGUGGCAUCAUACCUGCCCUACAACCGUUUAUAACCGACCCGAGUUCAAGCUCAUGGACCGAGAAAGCCAUAGCCGUGUUAAUAAACCUUGCGGUGACUAACUCAGGUCGAGACGAGAUUGUAACAAGCCCGGGUCUUGUUAGCGGGCUAUCCAUGUUGCUUGACAUUGGUGAACCCGAGGUCCAGGAACAGGCUGCAGCGUGUUUGUUGAUAUUGUGUACCGGGAGUGAUACGUGUUGUGAAAUGGUACUUCAAGAAGGGGUGAUUCCUUCUUUGGUGGCGAUUUCGGUUAAUGGGACAGUUAGAGGGAAACAGAAGGCUGAGAAGUUGUUGAUGGUUUUCCGGGAGCAGCGGCAGAGGGACGUGCCUGCGGAUCGGGGCGGUGGAGGGCGGUGUGAGGGUGGUGAAGAGUUGAAAGUGUUGAGUAAGUCUACAUCUAGGAGGAAGAUGGGGAGAGGUUGGAGUUUUAUGAGGAAGAACAAGAGUUUUUCUGUGUACCAAUGUUAAAUUCUUGUUUCUCAUGGUUAAAACUUUGAAAUUGUAUAAAAUAAUUUUUUUUUUAUUUAGUGUUUUUUUUUUGUUUGUUCAUUUUACAACAAAUAGAUAUGUACAGCUCUUGACUUUUGUAAUCAGAGAAUUUUAAUAUUUA